AUGCAAAGCCGAUUGUCCUACCCAGCGACAAAGGUGUGGUCAUUUUUGGCUGCAUUGCUUGACCGCAGUACGGUUUCACGAGCUUCAACAUCGCUCAAGAUGGACGUGCCUCAAAAAACCCCGUAUCGGGAUCGAGUCGGCGGAAAAAUGCUGUUCUGGACGGCCGGUGGCUUUGCGUUCAUGUUAUUUGUGAUUGUCCUUCUAUUCAAUUCUCUUGCGCGAGACUCGUGCCCUCAUUUUGCGCCGCGACCAGUUCCUGAAGAAGAGCAUCUCAUUCCAUUUGCCGGUGUGCAAGAUGAAAUCGAUGAGGAUAAUAUCAAAAAAUAUCUGCGCUUGUUCACCAAAACGCCUCACAUGGCCGGGACCAAGAACCAAAAAGAGCUGGCAGACACAGUUGAGGAUCUGUGGAAGAAAUUUGGUGUUGAAGAUGUUCGCCAAGUUGAAUAUGAAGUUCUGCUGACCUACCCGAAAUGGGAGAAACCUAAUAAGCUUUAUAUCAAAUCCGGGAGGAAAACCGUUUACCAAACAAGCGGCAUUGCGCCGGCUUUGAUUGAAAAGGAGCAGGAUGACAAGUUCGGCGGCUACCAAUUUCUGGCAUGGUCUGCGGUCGGAAAUGCUUCUGGUCAAGUUGUGUUCUGUAACCGAGGUUUCAUAGCCGAUUUUGAGAAGUUGGAGGAGCUCGGGUAUUCUGUGAAGGGAAAAAUCGCCCUAAUCCGUUAUGGACAACUCUAUCGCGGAGAUAAGGUCUAUAACGCUCAAAAAUAUGGCGCUAUCGGAGUGCUUCUCUACUCCGAUCCGGCCGAUGUGGCGAAGGAGGGCACAAAGCCAGAAAACCUCUACCCCCAUAAAAUCUGGAUGCCGGAAAAUGAUGUGCAACGCGGCAUGAUAGGGCAUCAUAUGAAUGGCGACCCAUUGACCCCGCUCUACCCGGCAAAGCCUGGCAUCUACAAGUCGAAAACCAUUGAACAACUCAAAAAAUCCGCGAACGUCCCGAGUAUCCCGGCGCUACCAAUCCCUUACGCCGCCGCGUACGAAAUUUUGGCUCGGAUGAGUGGUCCGAAGGUUCCGAGGGGAUGGAGGGGAGGUUUAGACGUGUCCUAUCGAGUUGGCUCAAAAAUGAAAGAUGACACCGUGGUUACUUUCGAAGUGGACGCUAUUUUUGAGACUCGGACAAUCCAAAAUGUGAUUGGCUACAUCAAAGGCCGGGAAGAUCCGGACCGAUAUGUCAUCUUGGGAAAUCAUUUUGAUGCUUGGGCAUAUGGUUCGAUGGACCCAAAUUCUGGAACCGCAAUUUUAGCCGAAUUGAUUCGCGCGCUAACCAAGACUGUGAAAGAAACUGGAUGGAGACCAGCCAGAACGAUAAUGUUCGCGAACUGGGAUGCGGAAGAAUAUGGCCUUAUCGGCUCGACAGAGUUUGUGGAGGAGUACGGACAACAGCUACAGGAUCGAACUGUCGUGUAUUUGAAUAUGGACUGUCUCGUCGGGAAUUUGACGCUAGACGUCGCCUCAGUGCCAUCACUUUACAACGCUAUCGUUGAAACCGCAAAGGCUGUCGAAAAUCCGAACGAGCAGGAAAGAAAACUUGGUCGUAGGACAGUUUUUGAUAGCUGGAAUUUCUAUGCCAAAAGCCGCGUCGACCCAAACAUUCCAAAGAUCGCGAUCCCAGGCGGUGGGACUGAUCAUCAACCAUUUUUGCACUUCCUUGGGAUCCCGACGGUCGAUUUUACGUUCGAGAACCCCUAUACCGGCUACCCGCUAUACCAUACAAUGUAUGAAACCGCCUAUGUGAAUGAGAAUCUCCUGGAUAAUGAUGAUUUUGCGGUGCACAAAGCGACAGCCGAAAUUUGGGCCCAGCUAGCGUUACGAUUCGCCGAUUCCAGAAUCCUGCCCAUUAAUGCCACGCAAAUCCCUUGGAUUCUUCUGCAAUCCCAGAUACCUGAUAUCGAAAAGGAAGUCCGAAAAGUCGGAAAUGAGAAGGCACUUCCCGAUACCUAUGAACAAAUUGAGUUCCUGAAAAAGGCCUGUCGAUCGCUUAUUUAUGCUUCGGAUAAGUUCUAUGCCCAGGUCGCGGACACGAAAAAGGGAUUGACGCGUUGGAACGAUCACCUAAUGACUGUUGAACGCUGCUUUUAUAACCCUAUUGCCAACCCCGAGGCCCCGGAUAAUCGCCAUAUUUUAUACUCGAUCAACCCGGAAAAUCGAUAUUACGCGAGGACGUUUGGGCAGGUUAGAGAUUCGCUAACACGACAUCUGAAAACGAACGGGACUACCGUAGAAGAUCUCGACCGAGAAAUGGCUCAAGGCUUUACCACUGUUCAGCGCGCAAAUUAUUUCACGUUUGACGAUGACACGAAGAAUUAUGGAAAGAAUUUAGACAAGCUGUUAACGAGGUUUAAUUGUAUUUUUGUGAAGCAUGCAACUAUCGAUUAUGGGGCAUCAUUACAAAACGUCGUCAACCUGAUACAGUACGCCAUUUCCAAGAAGCUCCAUGUCGAAAAUCUGACCUUAAAUGCAAUCCAUUACCGCGAGGAAUUUAAUUUUUUGCAUGCAGCCUUGAAGCCGAGAAAAAUAGUUUUUCAAUUUUCGGAUUCUUCAUUUCGUCUGCGGAUCCCUGAAUCAUGCAAUACCGUUUUACUUGGCAAGAGCGAGCGGUUGAAAUCGGAAAUCGACAUUUCCCAGGCUAAGCGCCUGAAAUGGAUUUGCACGGACUCCAAAGCUAUGGAUGCUAUAAAUACCUCAAUCCUUAAGUGGAAUUCUGAAUUGAAACGACUGCAGGCUGUCUUGUCGAGAACCGGAAGUGAAUACAAAUUGUCCACCCCCAGUUUUGAUUUGAAAUGCCACAAACGCUUCAGGGCAAAGACACCUGCCUCGACCCUGAUUGAGCACAUCCUAUCUCGGCAUUAUUCCAAACUGCCGCUGCUUUGUCGCGUAUGCGGCCAAGUGUUUCCGAUCUACGAUAAGUCACACUUUGGACAGCGCGCAGUCUGUAAAAGCCAGCCGUACAGUACUUUCGACGCCGACGAUUACCACAAGCUAGUGGCCGUAGCAAAAAUGUGCUGCCCAUCGGCGACAAUCUCGAACCGAAUUAUGGAUGGGUUAUGGCUGAAAUAUAUCGAGCCCGGGAUCGAGGGAAAGGUCAUCCCAAGGCUCGCUUCUAAUUGGGUGUACUGGACGCAGGAGUGCGAGCGUACACCGGGCUUGCAGCACAAGUCGAUCGUAUUCCCGGAAGAGCCAACGCCCAUCGUCAUGACCCCGCCCGCCGAGGAGUUGCUCAAAUUCUUUGAAGAAGCUAGGGAUCCGGAGAAUCGACCUAUUGAGAUCAUCAACGUGUUCUACACGGAUUCAACCGACUCGGACUCG